AUGCGUGUCAACCAUGGUAACAACCCCAACCCUCCAGGAGGUGGUCGGUUCGGAGUACCCUAUCCGCCGGGAAGAAUACCCAAAAUUGUGAUAACAAUACCGCCGGGCCCUUCGUGCGAGUGCGACCAAGGCCUGAACGAGGAACUGGGCGACCCCGUCCAGCACCCGGACCGCCAGUGCGGCGGCGCGGUCAACGAGUCCGUGCACCGGAAACCGAGGCGACGGUGCUCCCGUUGCGUCUGCCUGCCGGGCUACGUGCGCAACAGGCGCUGGGAGUGCAUCGCCGAGGCCGACUGCACCCGCUGCGAGCGGCGAUCGAACGAGUACUACGUCACUUGCGGCUCCCCUUGCGUCAAGUACUGCUCCAAGCCCGUACAGAAGUAUUGUUCUCUUGAGUGCAGGACGGGCUGCGUUUGCGCAGAAGGCUACAUCAGAUCGAGCCGAAACGGACCCUGCGUGCCGAUUCGCGAGUGCCCCCCGAAGUGCGGACGCAACCAGGAGUACAGCCGCUGCGUCACGGGUUGCGAACCCGUGUGCGACGAGACGCAGUAUCCCGGCUGCUACAAAGGCUGCCUCCGAGACGGCUGCAGGUGCAAGCCGGGCUUCAAGCUCCGGGAGAUUCCGGGACAGCUGGACGAGUUCGAAUGCGUCAGGUGCUGAGCACUCGACGACCACGCGUCCAAUCGAA